UCUAAAAAACUAUAUGCUGUGUCAUUUUGUAGCAAAGUUAAAAACAGCUUUGCUACUAAGGAUAUUAUAUCCUUUGAACAAUGAAGAAAACCAGCAAAUUGUUUUAAUGAUUUACAUUCUUGUAAACUGCAACUACUAUUUUCAGAGUAUUAAGGUGGUAAAGGUAUUAAAAGACAUUUAUAAUUUAAAACAAAUUUUAAACACCAGUAAUAAUUAUAUAAAUAUUAAUUUAAAAAAUAUAUAGUAGAAAUUAAUGCUUUCAUUAACAAAGAAUUACCAAUCACUUGCCAGUAAAUAAAUACAAUUUUAGUUGGCAAGUUUAUAAAAAAAAAAAAAAAAAAGAAAGAAAAACAAAAAAUUUUGCUGAAAUCUAUAUAGAUUUAAGUGUAAGAACAUAAUACAGUAAUUAGUUGGUGUGAGUAUGAAACCAACGGUACAUGUUGAGGAUUGACUGCUUGCCCCUCCUGCUGCAGAAGUUGAAGACAUCCAUUGGCAGGGAGUCCUGAGGCAACACAAAAGGUACUUUUAUGUUAAUGAAAGGACUGGACGUACACAAUGGGAAUACCCGCAGACAGUUGGAGAUCAAAUGCAUUCUGAAGCCAUUUCAGAAAGUUCAGUUUCUAAUGGUUUAAAUGUUGCUGAAAGGAAAAAUACUCAAUUACCACAACAUUCUUUAGUUUCUUCAUCUGUAUCAGAAGCAACAGCACCACAAAUUGCAUCUGUUCCUUCAGUAUACGCAUCUAAUACAGGAUAUCAAGCAGAAACAACAUGGAGCAGUAGAGUAGCUAGUCAUGAAACAGAAUCACCACCACCUUCCCCACCAGGUGUUGAUAAACCUCUUCAACCUCCAUUACCUCCUCUUCCUCCUUUACCACCACCAAACAGUCCACCACCACCACCACCAGACAGCACAGAAUUAGAAGAUGGAGAAAUUGCAGAUGUGGAAAUGGAAAUUGACUCUGAUGACCAAUGUGAUGAACAAACCAUAUCAACAUCACUACAAAUUCCUAAUGAAUUAAAAAUUGAUUCACAGCUAUCUUAUCAAUCUUCACCUUCAUCAUCAAUGUCUGUGAUUCCUACAAGUGUAACAGAUAAUGCAAUUAUAAUCAAGCCUCCAAAUUCUUCAAUAUCUUCAAAUGAAGAUAAAGUGAUAAAUCAUUAUUUAAUAACUUCUGUGAAUUAUCCACAUUCUUCAGUCUGUCAAUCCACAUUUGAAUGUGCAUCAAAUAAAAUUCAUGAUUCUAUAUCAGUAAACAGUACAGAAGUAUCAAACACAUCUGUUCUUCCACCAAAGAAAGAAAGGAAAAAGUGUAAAUUAUCUUCUGGUUUGACAUUAAAGAUGAAGAACAUUCCAUCUCUAGUUCAGAAAUGGCAAAAAAUUAAAGAACAGCAAGAAAAAGAUUCGGGGAAUUCUGGAAUUCCAAUUUAACAAAUAGUUUUUGUUUAAAUACAAUAUAUUCAUUUUGCAUAUAAAUAUUACAUCAAAAGAAACUUGACAUAGAAUGUAACAUUUUUUGUAAAAGAUUAAAAUUUAAACUGAAUUUAACUAUGCAUUUGUAUCAUUCAAAAUUUAAUAUUCAUAUAUAUGGUAUGUAAAAUAAACUAUUAAAAUAUGAUCAUUUCAUCUCUUUGUGUGUUAUAAAUUCUUAAUAGUACAUGAAAAUACAAUAAGUAAAUUUUUCAAUUACUAUAAUUUCUUGCAGAUCACCUACACCAGCAUAUACCCUACAAAAAUUGCUAUAAUGGAAAUAAAACCUUCAAAUAAUUUGCACAACUGUAUAUCCUACACUUUCAGCAGCCACAUUGGCUGUAUAUACUUCAGAAAUUAUUAUCUCAAACAUUAUUUUCACUUAUCUUUCAUUUUAUUUCCAUUAGCAGUUCAUUUAAGUGUAAUUUAAGUAAGUGACACUGGAAAAAACACACAAUAUUUACAAUGGAACCAUCUAAAUUGCAUUGAAUAUUGAAAGACAAAUGAUCAUCAAACAACAAAUAACUUUUCUUAUUGUUUAACUUUUGUUUUACUUGUCAAAUAAUAUUAGUUAAAUGCAUAUUAAAAUAAUAAAUGCUAAAAUAACUAGAAAAAUUAAUAUGAUACAGAUAUGGAGAUCCAAUCAUUCAGCUGCUGUUAACUAUAAAGAACUAGAAUAGAAUGAAAUUAACAAUAAGCUUAUAAAUAAUUCUGUAAGAGUUAUUAUUUAUAUGAGGGAAAUUACUGAAACUUAUCAACUUUCAAGAUACAGAUUCAAAUAGGAGUGUCUAAUAAUAGCAAGUAUAAAUUAACAUACAGAAAAUGAAUGGGGGAGAACUAAAGGUGAGGUAUAUAUGCCUUUGAUGGUUUCAGAAAGAUCAUAAUGACAAAUAAAUAUGUCUGCAACGUGCAAUGGUUUCUUUCACAUUUUUUAAUGAUCAUCUUAAUAAAAAUACAGUCGACCCCCCUAUAACACGAUAGAUACGUUCUGUUCUUUAUGAAAUUGAUGUUCUAAGAGUCCU